AUGUCAGAAAUAAAGGAAGUGUCAAAUGUAAGAAACAAGAUGGAUAAAGAAAAUAUUGAUUUGGAAACACAUACAAACUGUACUGCAAAUUCGACUUCUUCUGCUGGAUUACAAUUAGAACAAUUAGCAAAUAGAAAUUUGUUGACUCUCAGAAUUAAAUGGUCUGAUGCAAUUACUGAAAAUGAAAUUGAAAAAGAUAACAUAAUCUUGAAAUUUUCUAAUUACAUUGCAAAUAAUAGAGGUAGUAUAAUAAAUCCAUUAAAUAUAGAAAACUAUGAAUAUCUUUGUGAUUCGAAACGGAUAGAAGUUAUUGAAGAAAGCCAUUAUGAAUUUGAACAUGGAUCCAAAGAAUAUGCAAAAUCAUACUCUGGUAGUGCCAAGAAUUGGAUGUUUGACAUUGUACAUCAGGCACAUUUUAAAAAAGGUUAUUCUUUAGAGAGUUGCGCAGCUUAUACUACAAAACGAUUAAAAGAAUUAUCGGAUGUUAUUGAUCGUUGGUCGGUUACUAUAAAUCACCAUGCUUUAACUCAUCCUGGUAAUCUUUUCAUUGGAGGAAUAUCAAAAAAGAUUACCAUCACAAAAUUAUUAGAUAUAUUGACCCAAUAUGGAUCCUUAGUGUCGAUAAAGUUGAUUCAUGAUAAAGUUAAGGAUAACAAUAUUGGCUAUGGGUUCGUUUCGUAUCAAUUAGGGUCCCAGGCUUCAAAAUGCAUACAAAUGUUAAAUGGUAAAGAAAUUAAAGGAUCAACACUUUUUAUAAAUUAUCAUGUAGAUCGUAAGGAGAGAGAGAAUUUGCAUUGGAAUCAGAUUGAAGAAAACGUCGAUGAAAAACCUUUUAAAUGUUUAUUUAUUGGAAAUUUACCUAGACAUACCGAUGUUGGUGAUAUGGUCACCGAAGAUAUGAUUCUUGAUCUGUUAAAUAAAAAGAUGCUGGAAAAACUCCCAAAUUUUACAAUCCUAUCAUAUUAUUUCCCGAAGGGAUCAAAUAAAAAUAAGAAAGAAAUAUCGGAACCAACUACCUUAAAAGGGUAUGGUUUUAUUAAAUUAGGAGACUCGGAUGAGAUCCAGCAUCUAAUCGAUGAAUUUAAUGGUUUUCAGUGGUUUGGAAAUGUUUUAGUUGUCAAUAAAGCCAUUCAGAAUAGAAUUCAAGGUUCAAAUCAAAAAGGUUCUGUCAAUAAACUCGACAAUAAUCAAGUUAUAAAAAAUGAAAAUAAUAAUAAUCAUAGCAAACAACACCGAGAAAAGGCUGUUAUAGCUUCCCAUGGCCCUAAUCUCUUCGAUCAACAAAUUCCACAAUACUUUAAAAGUGUUUAUCAUAACUAUUAUAAUAAUCUUUUGGGAAAUCAGACAAGUUCAAAUAUGUUGAUACAAACCCCAAUACUAGGCGAUACAAAUUCAUCCGCAAUAAAUUACCCAUUUAAUUUAAAUAAUGAACCCAUAUAUAGGGCUUCAGCUCUACCUCCAAACCCAUGUAUCAAUGGUCUUCCAAUACCACUGAGUAACCAGCAAGAAUCAAACUUAUAUGUGAAGCAUAUCCCUUUAGAUUGGACUGAUGAGACAUUGAGUGAGUUUUAUGAAUGUUUUGGAAAGAUAGUUAGCUCUAAAGUUAUUACCAUAGGUGGAUCAUUGAAUCCGAACAACUUAAAUGACGUGAUUUCCUCAACUGAAAAUGAUAAUACGUCAGAAGAAGAGCAUGGGCCAGAAGAAGCAAUAGGUUCAUCCAAGGGAUACGGUUUUGUAUGUUUCGAAAAUCCGAUUGAUGCAUCACGAGCUAUUUUUGCAACGAACGGUUAUCAACUUAACAAUGGGUCGAUAUUACUGGUUUCAUUUGCAAAUAAAAAGGGUAAUAACAAUGCCAGUAAUAACAUGCGUACUGUCAAUCAUAGAAAAAUAAAUACUGACUAUAAUAAUUCAAAUAGAAACACGAAUACUACAGAUCGUGAUUGCAGAUUAGAAAAGUUCUAUUUUAGAAGCAGAGAGAGUGUCAGUACAGAUGAAAUGAAUAACAAAUUACCUUAUAACAAAAAAUUUAUGAAUACCUUGAUGCAACAACAAAACCAGCUUUUUCUUAGUUCUCCGAUGAAUAUGCCACAAGCUCCAAUUCAAAAUUUUCCGAUGUACAUGAACCCAACCGUGAAUAACAUCUCAUAUCUCCCUAUUUCAACGUACAAUUCGACGCCAUUUCAAUAUCCAAGACAAACCUAG